AUUCUGGUGAUGUUAUAUGUUCCAUGUAGAAAAAGGGGCUUAUAUAGAAUAGAAUAGACUGGUUUGUUUUGUUUUGUUUUGUUUCGACCAUGGCAUGCCUUGAAGUUCGCAAUUACAACGUUGAUUUCUAUACCAUUUAUGUUUUGACUUCUUGAGUUUCAAAGCAGCACAACUCUGAUAUUUAUUAAUGCUGCAGCAGCACAGUGAAUUAAUAGACAUGCCUCUCAAUAGUCACUGCUUGCUACCUUCAAAUUUGCGACUUCCAAUGCUAAUUUAUAUCAUAGAAAACGACGAUACCUUACUUGAAAAUCUGUCCUCUAAGAACCUCCUCUGCAAAUACUCCAUGGCCUCUGCCUUCUCAAGCUGGCUGUGCAGCUAUGGCGCCAAGUCUAAGCUCGUCAGAAUCGUCCAUCCCGGCGGUCACAUAGAGCUCCACGACGGUCCCAUCCGGGCGGCGGAGAUCAUGCUCCGAAACCCAGAAUUCUCCCUCACUCACUCCCAAUCAGCUAAUCAUCCAUGGGCCAUCGUCUCGCCGGACACGACGCUCAUGCUGGGCUGCAAAUACUACCUCUUACCGGAAAACAGCGUGGGAAACCCCCAGAAGAUGAAGGAAAAUGGAGGUUUGGAAUCGGAUUGUUUGAAUGGUGGAAAGUGUAUGAUGUGUUUUGUUCCAAAGGAGAAGGGCGAGAGAAGUGUGAGGUGGGAAAGUGGUGAUGAUUUGAAGGGGAAUGAUAAGAGGGUAUUUUUGCAAAAUGGGAAUAUUAGAGGGUCUCCCAAGAGACCAUUUGGGUCAUCUGAUAAUUGGGAACCAAAUUUGAAUAGCAUCUCUGAAGAAUAUUAGAAGUUUGUAUUUUGUUUUCUUAG